AUGCACGAUAAAUGUUCAGACGCAAAGCUCUUACCGGUGACUGAACUAAACAGUUAUUUUCUGGAUUACAGUGUGACUGGAGUUGAUGGUAGUAGUUAUGUGGUUGAUCUGAAAAACAAAACUUGCUACUGCAAGCAAUUUGAUAUUGAUAGAUAUCCGUGUGUGCACGCUAUUGCUGCGGCCAUGGAAGCAGCAAAAAACGCUGGUCAUGAGAUCAAUGAGAUCCAAUUGCAUGAGCUGUGCAGUAAGUAUUAUUGGAUAGAGCAGUGGGCAUUGGGAUAUUCAAGGACAAUAUAUCCAGUUCCUAUCAUGUCUAUGUGGAUCGUUCCGGACGAUGUGCGUGCUUUGGUUGUCUUUCCUAAGUUUUAUGUCAAAAAAGAGGAAGGAAACCAACAAAGAGUAUUAAAUCAACAGGAGAACAUGGACACAGGAAGAAGAAAUCUACCAUCGCAAGCUGGUUUGAGAGCCAGGGUUCCCGAAGUUGAUUGA